UUUUAAAUUAUUGUUGAAAAUUCACUGCAUUUUAAAAAUGAAAAUUAAACAUUGUACUGCAAUUAAAUUGCUAAUAUUAAUAUUAUUAAAUAUUAUAUAUUUUGUAAAAUCUUCAUCAGUUCUUAAUAAAAAUGACUUCGCAGUUUUGGAAGGCUCUGGUUUGGAUGCCGAUUUAAUACCUUUAAAUCAUUUUGGAUCUCCGGUAUCACCAUAUGAACAAAAUGUUAUCAUCAUGGAAGAGAAAAUAAAAUUUAUGGCAGAAACCUUCAACCAACUGGAGCAGAAAAUAAGUAGUCUUAUCAAUGAUAAUAUGGAAUUAUUAGAAGACAAAUUUCAGAAAAUAAUGGAUGAUAAAGUAACAAAUAUGAACAAAAUAGUUGAAGAAAAAAUUAAGAUGAUCGGUAACAGUAAACCCUCUUAUAAUGUGCAGGAACUAAAAUGUUCCGAUAAUCGUUUACCCAAAAGCUGCCAUGAUCUUAAUGAAUGCCAUAAUAAUAUCUACAGUAUAAUGUUACCAGAAAUCAGCAAUAAAUCAUUCCCAGCUGUGUGUGAUUUAAAAACUGUGGAUGGCGGUUGGACCAUUAUACAACGACGUCAAGAUGGUUCUGAAAAUUUCUUUAGAAAUUGGACAGAUUACGUAGAAGGAUUCGGCAAUUUAAAUGGCGAAUUCUUUAUAGGUUUAGAAAAACUUUACUCCCUUACUUCACUGGAUGAGCCUCAAGAAUUAUAUAUAAGUUUGCAAGAUUUUGAAGGUGAAACACGUUAUGCUAGAUAUGGACAAUUUAAAGUUGAUUCUGCGAGUACAGAUUACACGUUAACAGUGGGUGAUUAUUCUGGAGAUGCCAGUGACUGUUUAAGUCAACAUAGUGGUAAUAAAUUUUCUACCAAAGACCGUGAUAAUGAUAUACAUAAUACUAGAAACUGUGCCGAUUACUGGAAGGGGGCUUGGUGGUAUAGUAAUUGUUUUUAUAGCAAUUUAAAUGGCUUGUACUUGGCUGGAAAAAUACCGUCAUCGAAGAGGGGUAUAUCCUGGUGUGGUUUUCGUAAAUACUUAUAUUCUCUUAAGUCUGUGCAAAUGAUGAUACGACCAAAGAGAGAUUGAAUAUUUAAAACUAGUUGUUGAAUAUUAUUUUAAACAAUCCAUUAAUCCAUAUAAAUAAACUGUAAUUUAAUUUUUAUAAUUAAAUAUAAACUUAGAAUGGAAAAAAAUUUAA